AUGGCUCUGAGCACGAUUGAUGGCGUGCCGAAUCUCUAUGUCGGAGGCAUCUGGGCCCUUCGUCGCUCACAGUCCCUGCUGGAAAGGAAAAUCACACACGUCCUCUCACUAGUCUCCUUCAACCCGGCCAGUCUCAAAAACUUCAAGGAUGAGCCCUUCUCCGAGUACGGCAAGGCCUUCCAGCACCUCCUCAUUGACAUUGACGAUGUCGAUGACUCGGAUCUCCUCAUCGAGCUUCCCCAGGCAGUCAAGUUCAUAGACGAAGGGCUGCGGAGCACCAGGCCCCGCCGCAAGGCCCCUUCUAGCUCCGACGUUGCUAGCAUGCAAAAGGCCGUCGAGGACAUCUCCUUGGAUGGCGACAACAAGAGCUUAGCAUCGUCAUCAACGUCAUCACUCGUGUCAGCAUCAACAUCAGCAUCGGGCGUCCCUCCUCCUGAUGCACCUGAAGCACCUGAAGCACCACGGGGUCGUCGCGGCGCCGUCUUCGUCCACUGUGCCGCGGGCAAGUCUCGCUCCAUCUCCGUCAUCAUCGCCUAUCUCCUCUGGCGCCACCCCGAUCGAUUUACCGGCUCUGCAGGCGCAGAACUGGCCUCAUCGCUAGUCCCUCAGCAUCCUGGACAGUAUGACGAAUCUGUCUGUGAGCCGGUCCGCGCAGCGCUCGCCUUUGUCAAGAAGACGCGGCCCCUUGCCGACCCCAACAGCGGCUUCAUGCUGCAGCUCGACCAUUGGUGGCGGAUGGGCUGCCCUGUCGAGGGGGGUGUCGAGUCUCAGCCCAUCUACCAGCGCUGGCUAUAUCAGCGUGCUGCCAAGGAAAGCCUCGCCGUGGGCCAGGCCCCCUCGCAGCUCUUUUUCGGAGACGAGGUGGCCGCAGAGGCAUCAUCAGCGCCGUCUGCUGAUGCAUCGUCGACGUCUGCUUCCACCCCCGCCGGAGACAGAAGGCUCCGCUGCAAAAAGUGCCGCCGCAUCCUCGUCACAGGCCCCUUCAUCGUCCCGCAUCAACCACGCCCCUUUAGCGACGAGGAGCUCGACGCCGCAAAGGCCCGGGGCCUGCCGCCGCCCACACGCCCGCCCUGCCAGCACUUCUUCAUCGAGCCGCUUAGCUGGAUGCGCGGCGAACUGGAGAAGGGCGAGCUCGGCGGCCGCCUGGUGUGUCCGAACCCCAGAUGCGGCGCCGGCGUGGGGCGGUACGACUGGAAGGGCUUCCCGUGCUCGUGCGGUGGCAGAGAGGACCCGGCCUUUUCGCUGCAAAAGGCCAGGGUCGACGAGGAGGUGUCCAGGCCAAUGCUUCGGAUGCCACCGGGGGCCAGAGGCGGCAAUGGGAACCUAUGAUUGCUGCAGAGCAGUCGUGACUAACAUGCACUACCAGGUACUACAGACACUAUUGCUCGUGCUUGUAAAUCAAGGACGAGUAGCAGCAGAAUCAGGGCGUCAAAAUUGACCGGUUAAUUCUCCGGAUUAUUCCUCGCAAUUUCCUACUUUGGCAGAGCGAGCAUAGGUACUGUUUAACAUGUACUUGUAUCACAUCUCGAUUCCUUUCUUCUCCUAGCCACCUGCCACUGCAAAGAACUAUUGCAUUUGUCUCAAUAAAUAUCACAGCGCAAUGGUAACUGCCGAGCAGUGCCUGAGAUAUGAAUGGACCAAUAUGCAAAGCAAUUCAAGAUUCGCC